AUGGCGACUGGCUUAAUCCGACGAGAGAUUUCAAGGGUCCACUCAUCGCCGGCGGCGAAGCUAGUCGUCGCCCGAGCCCACGCAUCGGAGGCCAAAGCCCAUCAAUCAGAAUCCAAGCAGCAGCCAAACAUCAAGUCAUUUCAAAUUUACCGAUGGAGUCCAGACAACCCAGGUAAACCCGAGCUCAAGGAAUAUAAAAUCGAUCUCAAAGAAUGUGGCCCAAUGGUCUUAGAUGCUUUAAUCAAAAUCAAAAACGAAAUCGACCAAUCACUUACGUUUCGUAGAUCCUGUAGAGAAGGGAUAUGUGGGUCCUGUGCUAUGAAUAUUGAUGGUUGA